AUGCCGUCGAGGAUUCAGGCAAAAACACACGCACGGGCAGCAUCAGGUCAAAUAGAUCGUAAAACACAAGGGGAGAAAAAUACCCAAGGUGGGCCAGACCGCUAUGCCGAGUUGGUCCUCGCCGUGGAGCACGGCGAUGGCAGUCGGCUCCGGCAGCACCGGCGACAGUCACAUACGCUUUGCUUUGGUUCUGGUCCUCCUUUACAUGGUGGUGCUGAUGCUGGCCUCGUUUUAUCUCCCUCCUGCCUUUUGUCCUUUGAGGAUCAAAAGGACUGCGAUUCCAACAAAUCCUCCAAGGCUCCAACCAAGUAA